AUGGCCAUGACUGCCUCCGCAGCUUCCAUCCCCCAGCCCAUCCCCCAAGUCACCCUCCGCAUCUUCGACGACCUAACCGGCGCCAACGCCGACACCACCAUCCCCGCCGAUGGAACCCCUGUCACCAUCCCCUCCCGCUUCGCCGGUAGCGCCCUCGACACUGGCAAUGGCGACAUCCUUGGCACUUCGGCUCAGCUCGUCAAGUUCGAGGACACCACCAAGUGCAAGCUUGCCAACCUCAACAUCCCCAGCUGGAUCAUUGAGCUCGAUGGCCGCUCAAAGAACUUUGUCCAACUGGAUGACGAUAUCACUAAGCCUGUUCGCACUUGGCUCAACGGAUUCCAGUUCUCUUGCACCAGGUCUUAG